AUGGGAUGGACAAAUUCGGUCCUGAUCUUCCACGAUGACGUCACCCACAUCCUCCAGCCAGAGAUCCCAGACAUGACCAUUCCUUUCAUCGACAAUGUCCCAAUUCGGGGCCCACUGACCCAAUAUGAACUUCCAAACAGAGGUUUUGAAAUGCAUCCCAACAACCCCAGCAUACAACAGUUUGUAUGGGAGCACUUUCAAGGCCUCAAUUGGGUGUUUCAGUGGAUAAAGUAUAGUGGAGGAACAUUUUCAGGACACAAGGCAACACUCUGCACAGCCGAAAUCACAGUGGUCAGCCAUCACUGCAUGUACGAAGGAGGAUUGCCUGACGAGUCUAGGGUAGAGUCAAUUAUGAAGUGGGGACCUUACUGGGAUCUCUCAGAUGUUCAGGCAUUUUUGGGGACAAUCGGUGUCGUUCAGAUCUUCAUUCGGAAUUUUGCACACAGAGCGCACGCACUGACAAUGUUAACACGCAAAGAUUGCCCAUUUGUGUUUGGCCCAGACCAGAUAGCGGCCCAGGACAACCUCUGGUUGGCACUUCUUGAAUUGCCAGCCCUUUGGCCAAUUGACUAUAGUUUGGCAGCCAAUGUCAUCCUCGCCGUCAAUACCUCACAAAUUGCACCCAAGCUCGAACUCUACGGACUCUUCCGUGCCCUCCGAUCACUCAAAAUCGCUAGCAUUAAUUGGUGGAUUGUCUCCAUCCUCACCUUCCAUUUCACACUUGUCCAUGUCCCCGGCACCUCUCACGGCCCCGAUAGCCUCUCCCGACAACUACCACAACCCUCUGAUCGACCUGAACCCAAAGACGACUUUGACGACUGGAUCGACAAUCUCUAUGGCUUCCUCCAUCAGAUCAACAACAUGUUCCCUACCUCCAUCUCAACCUCAACAACCGCCAUCUUCACCUCCUCGCUCAUAGGCGACCUCCCGACCAAUACCGAGUCCGAUGAUGAAGGCCCGACCAUCGACUAUUCAGAUAUCCUAAGAUUGCAAAAAGCUUUGGAAGCCAAAGAACACCUAUGGUUGUUCUUUAUCACAGCUGACAAGCUUUGGAGAAAAGACUCGCACGGUCGACACAAGAUUGUUGCAGCCCCCUCUAGUCAGAUCACAAUUCUCACUGCCGCCCACAACAACAUUGCUCACAGGGGAUUCUAUGCUAUGACCGCCUUGAUCGCCGAACGCUUCUGGUGGCCGCACAUGAGGCAAGAUAUUUCUUGGUUUGUUUGGACAUGUUACCUUUGCCAGAUUCGCCAGACUCGCAAUAUCCUCAUUCCCCCAACCGUUGCCAUGCCCGCACCACUCUUCGCGAAGAUGUAUAUGGAUACCAUGCACAUGCUGACCACUGAGAUCGUCUCCAACAAUGGACCAGCAUUCAUCAAGGCGCUCGACCAGUUAGCGAAAAAGUACCACGUUUGGCACAUCCGUAUUUCGGGCUAUAAUUCCCGCGCCAACGGCAUCACUGAACAACCUCACUUCGAUGUUCGGCAGGCUCUGUUCAAGGCUGUUGAUGGAGAUCAGGCCAAGUGGAAUUUGACUGGAACCCAUCCCCUCCUCCCCCUUGACAUCGCCAAAGCCACUUAUCUUCUACCACCACUGACCACAACCCUCAGCACCACCGACCUCAUUGCUCGACGUGCCAUCGCUUUGCAGAAACGCUAA